ACUCCAAACCCAUCAUCCAGCAAACGGAAAUUACAUAAAAACCCUAAAGAAUUAACCUUCAUGUUCACGAAAAUCGUUGCUGUUAACUGUAAAACCCAAGGAAGGUCACGAAUAACAAAGAUAUUGGGUUUUGUUCGUUUCUUUUUCCCGCAGCAUUUGAUCACACGUAACCCGAAUCUCUCACUAUCUCUUCCCCGAGUCAAGACUCAGACAACCCCAAUGAACGAUCUCGAGCGACUCAAGAAGGACGACCUGUUUCUCGUGCAGUACCAGCCAUCCGAACGCAGAAUCGCCUCCGAGUUCUUAACCACGUGGCUUCCUUUCCUUUCAAGAGAUCUCUGCCACCGCUGCACCCAAGCCCUCACUCAACGUAUCCGCUCUCUCGGCACAGAACAUGAAGGAGAUGCUCACCUGGCCAAUUCAGAUCUGAAUGCAGUUCCUUCUACUCCCAAUAAUGCAGAAUCACAAGAAUUAAAUGAGAAUUGUCAUGAUAAUUGUGAUGCAAAUUCGAUCAGAAGUUCAAAAGAUGGAGAAGAUACAAACUCAUUCGGUAGUUGGAAAGAUGAGGCAAAUGGGUUGUCUGAACCCGUUGGAGAAGCACCCACUAGUUGUGGAGCUGCCAGUGGAUCACCUUUGGUUCAAACCCUGGUUCCCCGUCUGUCAUGGGCAGACAUGGCGCAGGAAGAUGAGCUUGAGGAAGUAGAAGAAGAAGAGCAACAGCAGUCAGAGUCAAGCAAGCGAAUAGUUAAUUUAACUGCUUCCACCGAGGAGUUGAGGAUAUCUAAGGUUGUUGAGAAGACUAAAUUGUCUAGGGAUCAGAGAGAGUGCAUUAGGUUUAUGAAUGUGAAGAGGAAGAAAGAUUUUAUAUGUUUGGAGAGAGUUAAAGGGAAGAUUGUCAAUAUUCUUGAGGGGCUUGAACUUCAUAUGGGAAUUUUCAGUGCUGCAGAACAGAAGAGGAUAGUUGACCAUAUUUAUAUGCUUGAGGAGAUGGGGAGAAAAGGAGACCUUAAAGAACGCACAUUUACAGCACCACAGAAGUGGAUGAGAGGAAAAGGACGAGUAACUCUGCAAUUUGGUUGCUGUUACAAUUAUGCAACGGAUAAAAAUGGUAAUCCACCUGGCAUUCUUCAAAAUGAAGUUGUAGAUCCUAUACCCCAUCUCUUCAAGGUGAUCAUUAGAAGGCUGGUCAGAUGGCAUGUGCUUCCUCCAACCUGUGUGCCUGAUAGUUGUAUUGUUAAUAUUUAUGAAGAUGGUGAUUGUAUACCUCCUCACAUUGACAACCAUGAUUUUGUUAGACCAUUCUGUACUGUGUCGUUUCUGAGUGAGUGCAAUAUAGUUUUUGGGUCAAACUUGAAGGUUGUGGGGGCUGGUGAGUUUUCCGGUUCAAUUGCAAUUCCCCUACCUGUGGGAUCAGUUCUGGUUUUGAAUGGAAAUGGAGCAGACGUUGCUAAGCAUUGUGUGCCUUCAGUUCCUACAAAGAGGAUAUCAAUCACAUUUAGGAAAAUGGAUGAAUUGAAACGGCCAAUAGGAUAUGCUCCAGAACCCGACUUGCAGGAGAUUGAACCAUUGUCUUAUGAUGCAGAGAAACCAAAGAGAUUAAAUUCACCUAAAACUGAUCGCCAUGUAAAAAGGCAACCAUUUAGAAGAGAGGGUAAAAAGGAAGCCUGGGGGUUAACAGAGAGUAAUGAGCGAUGGGAACCUCGAUCCUCAACCCGGACUCGAAGAGACCCUGCAAAUAAGAGAAGGAUCCCAGUUAAUCAGGGCAGCUGAUGAGUUGCUGAAUGUCUAUUGUGGACCUAUGGUUUUCCUGGUUUGGACCUAUGAUUUAGCUUAACUCGAGCGAAGUUGCUUAAUUUUGAUGGAUUGCAUUGUUGCUAUAUAUGAAGUUAAUUGAAUUGGUUGUACUUUGAACUAUAAGGAACAUGAGAUUCUUUACUUUUUUUUUUUUUUUUGCUUUUUCCCAUUGAGAGUGAUGUUUGUUCCAUGAGGUUUGUAAAUUGUAUAAAACGAUUUAGUACUUAAAUUAGUUUCUUAGCAUUUGUUAAAUAUGAUAUCACUUCAAUGAUUUGAGAUUAAAUAUGCUCAUCAUU